AAAACAACCGGUAUCACUCACCGCGCAAACAAACCGAAACAUCUAAAGGGCGCUUGUUGUGCUGUUCGCUAUUUCACCGAAUUUCGGCAAUUCGGCCGACGAAACAACCGAUUCCGCGUGUUGAAAGCUCCAAUUCGGCCAGCGGUGCCUCGUCGCAGUUUCUGCCGACGGCGUGGAGGGACUUGAGGGGCAGGUCGAAGGGUGCAGGACGGCUGGAGGAGAAGUGGCGUAUCGAUCCGGGGGGACGAUGGCCGCCGGCUACCGAAGGGCCAACUAUUACGAACUGUGCCGCCUGUGCACGUCCAGCGAGGGCACCAAGGUGCACAUCUUCAGGGAGGAGGGUCAGCGGAAGCAGCUGCUGACCAAAAUCCAGAUUUGUCUACCUUUGCAGAUCUUGGAAGGAGAUUCGUUGCCCAACAUUGUAUGCGCAGACUGCGUUGAGAGGCUGGAAAGUUUCUACGACUUCCGAGAAGCCUGCAUUAAUGCCGAGGCAAUGCUCGAGAGCUAUUAUUCAUCACUGAAAUUCAACGAGGAAUUCAGAAAAACUGGAAAGUGCUAUGUGAAAGAGGCACCGCCUAAGAAGAAGUCAAAACAUAGUAAUAAGCUUCCACUGGAACCUCUGGUCAAGCCCGACAUCAACAUCACGAGAAUCGAGACAGUGGCCCCGCAGGUAGUCCAACAAACCUCCGCAGCAGUGGAAGAUCCAAUUCCUCGCAUUGGAAGCAUCCAACAUGUUGCCGAGGUUCAAAUUCACCCUGUAGAGCUAGACCAUGGAGAUGUGCAGCAGUUUGAAUUUGUGGUUGAAGAUGAUGAGAGACCCUCGGAAGAGGACUACAAGAAAGUUGAGGAGGAGGAGAUUGAGGAGAACGAAACGCUAUUGAUGGAAUUUGACUUCAUCAAGGACAAGGACGAAUCUGUGAAAUCUGAGGACGUGGAGAGAGGAUCUAUAGACCAAAUUGGAGAAUUCUUGCGGAUCAAACCGGUGUCAGUUACACCAGUUACCAAUGCAAGUGCUCAAAGUGAGGACGAUGAAACAUUGGGCACAUUGAACUGCAGUCGAUGCCACAAAACCUUCUACACUAAUCAGCAGCUCAACGAGCACGAGUGUGGUGGCGUCCAAGUCACCAUUGUUCCAGUCAAAGCCAAUUCUUCAGCUUCGAAAUUGUCGACAUCUGACGAAGCGUGCUAUUUGUGUGAAGUCUGCAGUAGGCCCUUCAAACGGAAAGAGCAUCUUCUCCAGCAUAGCAAAUUGCACACGGGAGAACGACCAUAUCCAUGCACAGUUUGCAACAAAACAUUUGCAAGAAAGGAGCACUUGAUACGUCACACCACUUGUCACACUGGAGAAAAGAUGCACGAGUGUGACGUUUGCACCAAGUCAUUUUCAAGACGAGACAACCUGCUGAAACACAGAAAGACCCACGGUGCUACUGGGCCCUAUGUAUGUGAUACAUGUGGCAAAACAUUCACCAUGAAGCACUAUUACUCUCUGCAUGUCUCAACUCACACCAACGAAGCUCCCGAUAGACCCUUCAGGUGCAUGAAGUGUGGCAAGAGAUUUGCCCUGAGACAGUACCUCAUGAACCAUCUGGCUCGUCACAGAGAGAUGGAAGGAAAUGCUGACGCUCCUCAGAAUAAGUCUGAAGAUGACAUGCAGAACACUGUGGAGCUGCCAAGUGCAGACGAAACUGUUGAAAGUCUUGCUGAGCAGAGGAACAAUUAUGUACAGAUUGUGCAGCUCACUGCAACCUCAGAUGACCUGGAGGCGGUCGCGACUGGCCAAGAUCAGGACGGCAACACAUAUGUACAAAUUGUGGCGUUGAAGGAGGAACAAUCGUAGAUACAAUAGUGAAAUGUGCACUGUUUUUUCUAUACAUUACCUAACUGCAUCAAAAACUUGUAGUUUUAGUACGAUCGAUUGUGCUGAUCAAUAAAUUUUGAUCGUCCGUGAUCAAUGGAGA